AUUAUAGACGAUUAUAUACACAUACGACACACAGAUACUACCUGGUAUAUACACGUAUGACAUACAGAAUAAACACAAACGGAAACAUCAUGUAAUAUGGCUACUGCAAAUAAUAUGUGUUGUGGAAUUUGUGAAGCCCGUCAUAUGUCAAAUGCAGCUACUUUUUGGUGUUCUGAGUGUGAUGAAGGAUUAUGUAUGGAAUGUCAUGCUCAUCAUAGUAUCUCAAAAUCAUCGAGGCACCAUGAAGCCAUUUCCAUUGAAAGUUACAAUAAGCUACCAACAACUAUAACAAAAAUUCUCACCUAUUGUCACGAACAUGAUAUGAAGUAUACAAAUUAUUGCCCACAUCAUGAAAAGCUUUGUUGUCCUGCUUGUAUUUACGUUGACCAUAAAAGCUGCACUGAUAUUCAGCUUCUCCAACACGUACUUAAAACUGCUAAGACGUCGGCUUUGAUAGACUCCAUUGAAAUGAGUAUUGAAGACAUAAAAAGUAAUAUUAAGGAUAUAAUAGAAGACCGCCGAAGAAAUAUUACCGCAAUCCAUGACCAACGACAGACAUAUCAGCACAAAAUUAUUCAAAUUCGAAAUAAAGUAAACUCUUACCUAGAUACACUGGAAGAAACUAUGCUUAAAGAUAUAGAUGCUGCUGAAAACAAAGCAAAUACAGAGAUAGAGAGAUUGGUAGCAAAAUUAUCAGAAAAAACGCAUGUGGCAAAUAACUUAGUACAAAAAGUUUCAGCGAUAAAAAAGUAUGCAUCAGAUCUUCAGUCAUUCAUUGGAAGUAAAUCGAUUGAAUCCGAAGUAGAAGCAGAGGAAACGUAUUUAAAUUCAUUAACCAAGGAUGGUAGUUUUAAUCAAAUUCGAUUAAAACUGGACAUUGAUACAAAAUUAUUAAACAUAGAAUCCACAAUAGAGUCAUUUGGAAAAGUGACUUCAGAAACAGAAUCACCUAUUGUUGUGUUGAAAAAAAGAAAGAAUAAACAAGCCCAAAUUGUGUCAGCUGUUCCACACAUUGUCCCAAAAUCUUUUGAUGAAUUGACACUCUCCCAAAUAUCGAAAUUCACAGUGCAAGUAAAAAAACGACAACAGCCGAAUGAAUUAAGGGGAAUUACUGUUUUACCUGACGGAAAAAUAAUCUUGGCAGACAGUGGCAGAUCGAAACUGUUUAUUGUUGAUAACAAUGGUAGGCUCGACAAAUUCAUAUCUUGUCGCACAGCUGGGACCGGACCUUUUAACGUCACCGUCAUCAAAGACCAUGAAGUUGCGAUAUCAACCUCUAGUGGCAUUCAGAUUAUUGACAUAAACUUAGGAACCGUUUUAGAAAGUAUAAAAACUGAUGGAGAUUGUGGAGGAGUAGCACACAACAACGGCACAUUAAUAUGCUGUGUCAAAUCAAAGGGGAUUCAAUGCAUUCAGAUUUUAAACAAGACGAUAUCAACAUUGGUGGAAUAUCACGAUAAUAUUGACCAAGUCGGUAUAUCUGUUUUUGGAAACAAAGUUUACUUAACCAGCUAUUGUUAUCCUGCCGUUAAUUGUUACACGUUGGAAGGCAAGCACUUGUGGGAGUUCGAAGAUUUCGUUUUGGUGAAGCCAACAGGAAUAGCGGUAGACAACAAUUCAAACGUAUACAUUGCAUCCUUCUGUUACCAUUCCAUAAUUGUUUUGUCCUCAGACGGAAAGAAGUUUAAAAACAUUCUUACACGUAAAGAUGGAUUGUACCAGCCAAGAGCACUACAUUUCGAUGAAACUAAUAGCACCUUGCUCGUCGCUAACAAAGAAAAUCUCAUAUGUAUGUAUCAUGUUCAUUAA